CUUUUAGAUAAAUAAUGUCUGCUACCGUACCAUCAAUUUUGAUCUAGAUCUAUGUUGUGAUCUAGAUUUAGACACUAGAUCUAUGUAGAUCUAAUCUAUACCUAGACUAGAUAAGAUUCCAAUGAUGUAGAUCAAGCACUUUCCGAAUAGGAAUCCCGAAAAAUAGAAUCUAGAGACUAGACUACUAUACUAUUAAAUAUUUAAUUUACUCAUUAAAUUAAUUAAUAAAAUUAAUUAAUUAAUAUUAGAAGUCUAGGUCUAGAUCUAUCAAUCAUUAUCUAGAUCUCUAGAUGAUUCUAGAUCUAGAAUAAUCUAGAUUUGACUUAUUACACUUGUCACUUGUGAUAACAAGAUCUAGUAUAGUAAAAUUAAAUAUGUCUGUGGAAGAACUUGAACAGGAACCUUUCAGCGUCCAUGAGUUUGUGGAGCGCCUGGCAUGGAAGACAAUGGGAGCUAAUGCUAGAAGUAGUCCAGAGGAGUUUGAUCCUGUCAUUCUUCACACAGCUUUUGAAAAAAUGAUCAAAGAUUUAAAAGAUAAAAAUAACCAGGUACAGAAAAAAAUUGACAAGUUGGAGUUGGAAUGUAAAGAUGAAGAGAAACGUCAUUGGAAUAGAGUAGCAGAGUUACAAAAGAAAAACCAGUCACUCUAUACAGAUUUCCAGACAUUAGAUGAGAGAAUAUCUUAUGUGGCCACCAAAGUUGUACACUUGGGUGACCAGCUUGAAAGUGUCAAUACACCCAGAGCUAGAGCAGUGGAAGCCCAGCGUCUCAUGCAUUAUUUAGGGGAGUUUUUGACAGAAGAGCCUCUGAAAUCUCCAGUCUUGAUAGAUCCUUUUCAAUUACACCACACAGCAGACGUCAUACAGAAACUUCAUCUGAUAGCUCUGGAAUUACCUGUAGGGGGAAGGUUUGAUAUUGCAAGACAAAGAAUUGCAGAAAAAUAUGAUGCUGUGGAGAAAGAAUUAAUUGAAGAGUUUCGUCUUGGUCAACAAGGGGGAGAUAAGAAGAAAAUGCGUAAAAUAACAAACUUGCUUCAACACUUCAAGAGCUAUGGUCAGUGUAUAGAUGUCUUCAUAGCUGAAUGUCAGAAGGGUGCUUUCAAAACAAAUGAUAUAUUUGAUAUUGUUCCUCUGUGUAUUGAAACCAAUAAGUUGGCCAAAGCUGUCUUCUCCAACUCUGAUACAGUCAUGACCAAACUUGUGCAGAAUCUUUUCCUUGGGAGUAUACAGGGUCAUGUAGCAUCAAGACUUGAAAAUGAACCUGAUGCAGAUGUGUACUUGAACAAUCUGUAUGAUUUAUUCAUAAGAGCUACAAAGUUGACGGCAGAUCUAUCCAAAGUUUGCAUUGAACAUGAGUUUAAACUCGGUGACUCCACUUUUCUGAACAAGCUGGUGAAAACUAUUUUCUCACAACACCUUGAGAAAUAUAUUGAUGUGGAGCUUCAGUCUCUGAGGGAACAUUGUUCCAUGGUGCUACAGCAUUACUAUGAGAAGAAAGACCAUGCGAAAAGACAGAUACAGACUGGUGGCAUUUUUGAGCUGAAGCGGGACAUUCAAGCCAGAAUUAACACAGUGACAAAAACUGGUCCAACUAUAGAGAACUUUGGCGGAGAAACAUUCCUGUCUCAGGAAGUGGCAAUCAACAUUCUUCAGGAUACCAAGAAUGCAUUUAAACGAUGUCAGACAUUGUCCUCUUCCCCUUCCUCUGACGCAAUCAAAAUAUUUGAGCUGCUCAUCCAGUAUCUUGUAACAGAACAUAUUGAUUAUGCUGUGGAGAUUGGACUUCUUGGUAUCCCACCAGCUGAACCCAAGGUGGAGCCAGAGAUUUAUUUCUUUGAUUUGGUCAGUGAGGCCAACACUUUGUUCCAUCUGUUUGAGAAACAGUUCACAGACAGCUUCAUACCUCUCAUUAUGUCUUCCCAGCAACAUGGGUUUUGUGUGAAGAGGAAGAGAGAGUUGAAAGAGCUGUUGGAGUCCAAAAUAGACACUGGCCUGGACCGGUCAGUCAAUGCCAUCAUUGGUUGGAUACACCAUAUAUUUCAAACAGAACAAAAGAAAUCUGACUUCAGACCUGAAACAGAAGAUGCCCCCAUGCAUUUAAUUUCACCAGCAGCCAUGAGUGUGACUAAAUUUCUUCAGGCUCAAGUGAAAGAAAUUCAAACCAGGCUGGAUGGGAAGAACGUGGACAUUGUUUUGUCUACCUUAGGACAGCGGUUCCACAGACUGACCUAUGAACAUUUGACUCAGUUUUCAUACAAUUUCAUGGGGGCCAUGUUGGUGAUCUGUGAUGUGAAUGAAUAUCGCAAGUUAGUCAAGGAACAGAUUAGAAUCCCUCUGGUGACCCAGCUGUUUGAACACCUUCAUGCUCUGUGUAAUCUGUUGGUGGUAGUGCCAGAGAACAUCAAAGUUGUCUGCAGUGGGGAACAGCUGGCUGACCUUGAUGACUCUAUCCUCCAAAGUUUUGUUCAACUGAGAGCAGACUAUCGCACAGCUAAAAUAUCAACCAAGUUAAAGUAAAGAUGGACAGUCGAAGCAAGACCAUUCCUUAUAGAAGGCCUGAACACUGACCUGUGACAUCACAACCUGUGGGCAGUUUAGACCAGUAGCUCGUUGCCAAGUCCUGUAGACCUGUGAUGUGGCUAAGAGCUAUUAGUCUAAACUGCCCACAGGUUGUGACAUUGCAGGUCAGUGUUCAGGCCUUCUAUGACCAUUGUCUUGAAUCUUUGUAGGUCAUCAUUUAUGCACUUUUGAAUUCUCUUUUCAAUUUCAUUAAGACGUUUACCAUGGGUACAUAUGUAUUAUGUGUAUUUGUGAAACCAUUGGUACAUAUGUACUCUGUGUAUUUGUGAGACCAUGGGUACAUAUGUAUUAUGUGUAUUUGUGCAUGUGUGCUUAUGUUAAUGUAUAUACUCAGUUUUAUCAUGAAAUUUUAACCAGGUUCUAUAACUCUUGUAAGUCCAUUGAAAAGAAAAAUGUGAUUUGUUCCCUGUAGGUUUCAUUCCAUCUUUUUUUUGUGUGAACAAAUUUUGUAUUUAUUAUUUUUGUUUCUUCUUGUUUCUCUGUCUCUCUAUUUUAUUUUGUCUCAUUCUGUUAUGAGCUCUCCCAUGUCUGUCUUAUGAAAUUAAAAUUGUUUUAACUGAACAUUUUUGACACAGUUGUGUCCCCUGAUACACUUCAUGAUAUUAUCUAUAAAAUCAAAUUGCAAUAUUUGUUUCUUUACUUUAAUACUGUCAUUAUCAGAAGUAGUUAUUUUUAUUUUAGUUAUUCAACUAGUUGAAAUAAUUUUUCACUAUUAUUUUUAACAUUUGGCUAAAGAGAGAAAUAAAUGUUUCCUUCACUUUUCUUUGCUAGAAAACUAAAAACAUUUUGAUUUGCUAUUUUGAUGUCAGUUUGAAUCAAUGUUUUUGUUGUUAUUCUAGCCAACAUGUUCAUUCCAAAGUCCUGUUUUGUUUUAGUGCAAUAAAGUUUUGAGCCCAUUCUACUUAUGUUUUGUAUUGACUGUACAAAGUAGAACGUAUCCCAUUGAAUCAUUGAGAAAUAAAUUCUAGUGUUCUUGUAAGGUAUCAACAAUGUUGUUUUUUUUUUAAUUCCAUUUGAAUUUCAUUAAUAAAAAUAUAAUAAAUAUUAAUAA